GGCAGGAAGUGAACAAAUCCUGCUCUGUAUCUGAAGCAGCUUCUUCCUGAUUUUCUCACAGAAGAGAUUUACCAUUCAUCACUCUACAGUAUAAACUCUUGGCUCGUCCUCUUCUGUGCCUUUUACAUCUAUUUUUUCUCAGCUUUUUAUGACUGUUGUGGUUCCUCUCAUUAUUGGACAGAUUGUCCGAAGAUACAUCAAGGAUUGGCUUGAAAGAAAGAAACCGCCUUUUGGUGCUAUCAGCAGCAGCGUGCUCCUCAUGAUCAUCUACACCACCUUCUGCGACACGUUCUCUAACCCAAAUAUUGACCUGGAUAAAUUCAGCCUUAUUCUCAUACUGUUCAUAAUAUUUUCUAUUCAGCUGAGUUUUAUGCUUUUAACCUUCCUCUUUUCAACAAGGAAUAAUUCGGGUUUCACACCAGCAGACACUGUGGCUAUCAUUUUCUGUUCUACACACAAAUCCCUCACACUGGCCUCAGUGACGGGGCAGGAGCAAGAGGAGCCGGUGUUUACCGGCACCAGCUUUACUGCAGCCGAGUUUGGCUCAUGGUGGCACCUCGAACGAUAUACAAAGUCCUUAUCCUGUGUGCUUCGAAUGUCGACUCUUAGUGGCAUUAAGUUAGUGCAGACUUUCACUUCCCGAGUUUCAUAUUUACUUCAAAGUAAAAACCACCCCAUCAUAGUGGUAGCUCUACAGAGAUCAGUUUUACGCAUUAAUAAUCCGUAA